AUGGUGUCAACCGAAGAUCGAAAGGAUAUCUUGUUGGUAAACAGAUACCGAUUAUCGCUGUCCAAACCGCCACAAUCAUUUUUUCGAGUAGUAGCGCUACUGUUUUACGAAGAAGUAAACGAAAAAUUGAAACAGUCUUCCAAACUUCCACCUUGGGUCCCUCAAAGAACCGAUGAUGGCAGAUCUUACAUUGUGGGAACCAACGAUGAACCAGGAUUCAUGGGUGGUUCCAUUUGCGCCGAACGAUCCACAAUCGUGCAGCUGCGAUUUCUACCAUCCGCUCGAGUGACCAAAUUGGUGAUAUGUACGGACAGUACGGAACCAAUUGCGCCAGGGAUGCUGUGUCGAGAAUUUAUGGCGGGGCAUGACUGUAUUCCAUGGGAUUUGCGCAUCAUUUCGACGGGAUGCAAGUGUACCCAGUGCGACAAACGGGACGGUGACUUGUUUAUGGAUGAUGGAAUAAAAGAGGGAUGUGUGGAUGGUAUUCCAAUAUUGGAUACCACUUUAAGAGCACUGUAUCCGUAUCCAUCGCCAUACACAAGAUGCAACUCAUCGCAAUCUGUUUCGUUUGGGGAAACCUAUUCACAAUCCACUAGUUCAAUACUUCUGACAGAAUCAAAGUCCGAUCCGUGGAAGCAGCUAUUGAAAAUGGCUACGAAAGAAGCAAGCGCCAAUAUUUCCGAAAACCAUCCAAUACAGUUCGGAGCUGCUGUAUCCUUUGCAGAUGGAACUUUUGCUACAAGCAGACAAAUCAGUGCCCUGGAGUAUGGAUGUAGCUUGGAUGCUGUCAGUCAAUUGGCCCCCCAUUUUCGUGGAAAAGAACCACAUUUACUCGUUCAGGUGGAUCAAUAUGGCGUGGCACAUUCGCCAUUUGCACCAGCCCGUGCCUUCUUGAGCGAAAAUGAAAACUACAAGGACUGCAAAAUACUGGUACAUACUACCGGUGCAAGUGCAAACGCAGAAGAUGCAGCGAAUCUAGCAAGCUGGUCCUUAACGAUAAUUUCAGUAUCGGACUUGGCGCCCAACGCACCAGAUUGGACUAGUAGCACACCAGAACGAGAGCAUAUUAAGAAAAAGAUCCGACAAAUCUGA